CUGUGAUUGGUCAGGCACAUCGCAGGGUGAGUGUCUCGUUGAUGUGAGCCGCAGCGCUGACUAUAACUCUCUCUUUCUGGGUUACUGAAAUUUUGUGCCAGACGCCGACUUGGACUCUUCUUUAUAGCAGCAGACAUACAGAUUUUACUUCCCUUUCUUUGAGCAUCAGUCAUCCGAAGCCACCAUGACGGGGUCGGAGCCGUUUGCAAAGCAACAGCAGCAGCAACACACGCCGGGCAACGGGGACGUCUGUUCAGAGGCAGCCGUAGAAGAUGCGUUUGAUAACACUUACAAGGAGAAAGAGGGCCCGAAACCUCCUAGGAUCUUGGUCUGGAGAAAUGUCAUCCUGAUGACUCUGUUGCAUUUAGGAGCAGUUUACGGCAUAUUCCUCAUCCCUGCAGCAUCUCCCCCUACGUUGCUUUGGGCUUUAGUCUGCUUUCUGCUAAGUGCUUUAGGAAUUACGGCAGGAGCGCAUCGUUUGUGGAGUCACAGGACCUACAAGGCUUCAUUACCUCUGAGGAUCUUUCUCGCUGUUAGUAAUUCCAUGGCCUUUCAGAACGAUAUCUUUGAAUGGGCUCGAGACCACCGGGUUCACCACAAAUACUCCGAGACAGACGCAGACCCACACAACGCCAGCAGGGGCUUCUUCUUCGCUCACGUCGGUUGGCUGCUGGUGCGCAAACAUCCCGACGUCAUCGAGAAGGGGAGAAAGCUGGAGCUCAGUGACCUGUUUGCCGACAAAGUUGUUAUGUUUCAGAGGAGGCACUACAAGCUCUCCGUGCUCCUCAUGUGCUUCUUUGUCCCGAUGUUUGUGCCUUGGUACUUUUGGGGCGAGUCCCUGUGGGUGUCGUACUUCAUCCCGGCCUUGCUGAGGUACGCCUUGGUGCUGAACGCCUCCUGGCUGGUCAACAGCGCGGCGCACAUGUGGGGGAACAGGCCGUACGACAAGAACAUCAACCCUAGGGAGAACAGAUUCGUCACUUUCAGCGCCAUAGGAGAGGGAUUUCACAACUACCACCACACGUUCCCUUACGACUACGCCACCAGCGAGUACGGGUGCCAGCUGAACCUCACCACCUGCUUCAUUGACUUCAUGUGCUUCCUGGGCCUGGCCAAGGACCGCAAGAAGGUGUCCCGCGAGGUUGUCCUGUCUCGGUUACAGCGCACCGGAGACGGAAGCCACCGCAGUGGCUAAAAAAAAGAAGAAAAAAACAUCCUAAAGAAGUUGUCUGGUUCAAGAGAAGAUAACUAACUGAUCUGACAGCUGCCCAUUUGCUCAUCCUCUGAGGUUAAAAGUCAGCGUCACAAGGGCCUUUACCACAUUUUGCUUGUUCAUUGCGGGCUUUUGUAGCUGUAGCCAUACAAAUUGUUGAAGAUAAAAAAUCUGCCCGAUGCUUAAAGGUUAAUUCAGCUUUUUAAUUGUUGAGCCUUAAAAAUUUACUAUUUUUGGUUGUUGUGCAGUCUUCAACCAUGUAGCUGAUCAGUUUUAUGCAUUACUUUAAAAUGUAUUCAAUGUUGAUUGAAAUCUUGAUUUUAUUGUACUGUAUGUUUUUUUUUUCAUUAAUUCUGUUUACCUUUAUGACAUUUACAGAUAAAAAAAACCGUAUUUGAUACUUUAUUGAAAUUUGAAAACUGAGUCAUGCAGCACACAUCCGUGUUUAUAACAGUUGCCUUCUGCAGAGAAACAAAACCAAAUUUAAAGCAAAACUUGAAGUACCUUAGAAAAUAAGCCGAUUUGCCGCAUUUAUCCCAUAAUGUAAUAAUAGACCCACGUUUACUACAAAAAUUAAAAAUGCUUUCUGUUCUGACGGCAGCAUAAGUUUGCCUAAAGCCUUCCAUUCAGCUGUCUUUAGUGGUAAAAUCUUUUGUUUCUUUCUCACAUCAAAUGAUUGUGAAGGCCGAGCUCUCAUUGGUCGGUGCAGCAGCCAGUCACGCGACAGAUCUGGUGUUAGAAAAAAACAUGCCACCCCUUUGCAUGGCGAUAUGCUGUAGUAGGUGUUGUGGUGAGGUGAUGUGUCAGUGGCUGUCAUGGCAGAACUGCAUCUUAUUUAGUCGCUGUUUGUAUCAUCAGAAUUGUUCUCUGAUUCUCUGAGACACGGUCUGAAAAGAGUGUCAUUUUUAAAUUGUAGGUGCUUUUAACGUCAGUGUUUAUCUGUGAUUACGGUCUGUAGAAUGCUUUUGUUAUUCAUGUAUAAUUGUAUAUUGUUUGGCUCCCUCUUUUGACUUAAAAUAUUCUAACUUGAUGGUUUUUGCACUCCUUGAUUUGGCAAAGUAUAUUAUAUGUGAAGUAUAUCAAACUGCAGCGCCUAGUUAUCUCUUUCGCCAACAGCCAGAAUAUGGUACCUUGCAAAAGUAUUCACACUUUUUUAUAGUUUGUUACAUUACAGCCACAAACUUUAAUUAAUCUUAUUGGGAUUUUGUGAUAAAAGGCACAAAGUUGUUCAUAAAUGUAAAGUGGAAGGAAAAUGAUUAAGAGGUUUAAUGAUUUUUAACUGCUAAAAAUCUGAAAAUUGCCUCAGUAGUCUUUUCUCACCAGCUUUGCCUUUCCAUAAACCUUAAUUUUUGGCUUUCCACUUUGGAAAAAGUUCAGUCAGAUUGGAAUAUCGGGGAUGUAGCGAUUGAUCUAAACCAUUCCCUUGUAUUCCAUUAUUACUCCGGCUGUAUGUUUAGGUUAAUUGUAUUCGUGAAAGGGGAAUCUUUGCAGCCAAAAGCAGGCUUUCUUCCAGGAAUGACCUCUAUUUAGCUCCAUUCAUCUCCACAUCAACUCUGACUCAUCCCAAAGCAUGAUGCUGCCACCACCAUGUUUCAUGGUGAGAAUGGUAUGUUCAGACAACUUAUAUAUAUAUUUUUUCUUAUUCCCAAUCUUCCACAGUGCCAGAUUUGUGGAGUUCGCGGCUAAUAAUCGUCCUGUCAACAGUCUACUACUUUAGAUGGGGAUUUCUGCAGCUCCUCAUGGGAAUAGAGACAAAUGCACACCAUGCUUUUCAGAUCAUCGCCUAUUUAUCUUUAGCUUCACAAUUGUAUGCGAUUUUGUUUUGGUGUAAUCGAAUAAGAUCCCAGUAAAAUACAUUGAAGCUCAUAGUUGUGACGUAGCAAAUUGUGAAAAUUUUCUUGGCUGUGUUAAUACUUUUCAAGGUAAAGUGCCUCCUAAUGCCUUAUGACAUGCAUCAAUUUCUUCACAUUCCAGCAGUUAAUUAAGACUUCAAGGUUCAAAUACCAAAUGAUUGCUUACAGGCUGAAGCAGGGUAUAACAUUGUUUUUAUUCCAUUUUUUUCAAAUCUAAGCGUGACAAUUGAAGGAUUAUGGGUCAUCUUUGUGCAGGAAAAAAAUUCAACUGGUGAAAAUGUGCAUUUGUGAGAUUUUUACUUGCAAAAUGAGGAUCCUGGUGGAUGGAAGGAGCAGAGAUGCAAUGUUGUCAUGGGGAAUGUCAUCAUAGGCCAACAGUAUCAGUCAGCUGUCCAGAGCCCCGAAAAUCAGCAUUUCCGUAACAAUGGGAGGAAAUAAAAAUGUUUUCAGUUUGUCAGAUUUCAACUGUUUCCUAUUCUGAAAUAAAAUUCACAAUAUUUUCAAUACCUUCUGGAUCUAA